AAGGAUAUGUGUUAUUCACUCUGUUGAUCGAAGUUCUAUCACUUCGUUUACUGUACAUGAACAUGAUGGAUUUAAUCGAGUUGGUGCUCAUCCAAGACGAUAUAUAUUUACAGGUCAUUCAAAUGGUACGAUUCAAGUUUGGGAUUUAACAACAGCAUUGAAUCUUUCAAGAACUGGUUUCGGUUUACCUGGUCCUAUAAUGACUAUUCCGAAUUCAUCAACAAUAAAUACAGAUGGAACAUACAAUUUUUCGCACGAAAUCACAUCUUAUCCUAAUGGGAUAAUUAAUAAUAUGAAUUCUUAUGGAGGGAACACUAUGCUUAUGAUUGGUGCCAAUUCUAAUGGAUUGUUGAAUAAUUCAAACAAUGUUCAAAUUUAUCCUAAUCAUAUUUAUUAUAAUAAUCAAUGUUUAUAUAGUACAGAUUAUUAUCAUAGUUGUUUUAUUGGUGGACCGACAUCAUCGGAAUUAUUAAGAUUAUUAGAAAAUUGUCAGCUUGGUUUCUCAUCUGGUGCAUCCAGUAUGACAGCUUUAUGCUCAGAACGUUUAACACCGGCAGAUUCAUUAAAUUCAAUUAUUCACCAUUCAGGUUUGUGAUAUUGAUUUGGAAAAUUUUUCAUUUCUCGCCCUCCUCCUCCUCCUCAUCAUCAUAAGGAGAUUGUUUCCGAACUAUUUAUAUACCAUCACCUUAUUGACUUUUUGAUUAAAUCAUCCAAAACUUUAUUUUUAAUAUUAUGUAACAAUCAUAUCAAAUAUAUGAUUUAGAAAAUCUCUUUAUUAUCUAAUUAACUAACACAUUGUUCUGUUUGCACAAUUUAGGAAACAUUAUUAAUUAGACACAAACUACCAGUUUUGUACUCACUGUAUCUUGUCGACCGGUUUAUUCUUUAUUUUAUUUUAUUUUAUUUAUUUAAUGAAUCGAACUGAAAGAAGGGUUACUGUUACUCUCUCUCUCCUUCUCCAUAUAGUAUAAUCAUUGCAUUGUCAAUCAACAUCAUUAGAUCCUUUUCUUUCUAUCAGUUUCAUUCAUUUAAUUCUGUACUCAUUUGGUUAUUCUUAUUACUUUUUUUUCUCUUUUUUUUCUUCAUUCCUUGAAAUAGUCUUCAUUAAUUGGAUAGUUUCUUACAUUAACAAAGAUUAAGUAAUACUUAUUGUAAUGAAUAGUGUUAUUCAUUACUAUGUAUGUAUUGAUUUAUAUGGUUUGUUAAAAGAAACACUAUUCACUUAUUAUUUCCUGUUUAUAUAUAGUGACAGGGAUUAUUAUUAUUAUUAGUGUAUUGUUUAAUCCUUUUUUAAGUUAUGUAAUGAAGAUUAUAUUCUUUACAUGAUUGAUUGAUUGAUGGUUAUUUGUUAACUGAUUGAGUGAGUGUUGAAUUUACUUCUUGUUUUCUGUUGAAAUUUCAAAUAGUAAAUAAUUAGUUUUUAAUAGUUGAAUUCAUGAGUCAAUUGAAACUAGACCACUAUUGAAAAUCUGGAAGCAUUGGACGACUGUUUCGCCCUAUUAUGGGACUCUUCAGCGGUGCGCAUUCACGAUCCCGCCUCCCGUGAGAUUCGAACUCAGGACCUAUUAGUCCACGCAAGCGAGCGCAAUGCUGAGGAGUCCCAUACUAGGAUCAAACUGCUAUCCAGUGCUUUCAGGUUUUCUAUGGUGGUCUAGCUUCAAUGGACUCAUGAAUUCAGAUAUUAAAAAUUACUAUAAUAUCCACAAAAAUCCCUCUCCGACAAUAAUUGAUGCUUACAAUUUAUGAAUAUUUAAUGUUGUUGGAAGUAAAAUUUUCAUUUCAUUUCAUGAAUAGUACGUGAUAUUUUUUUGUUGAGAUUACUGAGUAUUUUUUCUUCUCCAUCUUCAAGUACUUUAUUUAUUUAAUAAAAUUAUUUGAUUAUCAUUUUACUUAUAUUGUCUCGUAAUGUGUUCUAGAAAUUAGUUGAUAAUAUUAUUCGAUAUCCCCCCAAAAG